UAAUGUUUGACAAGUAGGAAGAAGGGCCUUGGCUGCCAUACCUCCGUGUCUCAGACAACACAGCCGCACUCUUUCGCUUGUCUUCAAUACUUCUACAGGAGUUUGUAGCUUUGUGGAGGAAUUACACGUUUAAAUAGGAGGGAGAAAGACAGAAAGCUAAAAUGGCUCCCACUGUAGAGGUGCUGGUGCUGGUUGACUUCGAGGGCACCAUGGGAGACGAGCUCUCAGUGAGGAUGGGGGAUGUGGUCAAAAACGUCACCAAGGCCAGCGAGGAGGGCUGGCUGGAGGGGGAGCUGAGAGGGAAGAGAGGCAUCUUUCCUGCUAACUUUGUCAAGGAGGUGCCCGUCAAUUUGAUGGGUGACAGCAAGAGGGAACCACGAAGCAUUAGAACAACGAAGAGGAUGAAACAGGUGAGGAAAUGUGAGGUGGCGUAUGCCUACAACCCCAUGAAUGAAGAUGAGCUGCCGCUGGUUGUUGGGGAGACUAUAGAGAUCAUCAGAGAGAUUGAAGAUGGAUGGUGGAUGGGGAUGAAAAAUGGAAAAGUGGGCGCAUUUCCAUCUAAUUUUGUCAAGGAAAUAUUUGUUUCGCCUAAAGAGGGAAAGCACAAUGAGAGCAAGGCAAGACCCAAGCUCACAGAGGCAGUGUUCAGUAAGGAGAUAUCUCAAAGGACAAGUGUGAGGAAUAAAACAAAGCAAAAGGUGGAGUGUUGCCAAGUCAUGUUUGACUACAAGGCCAAAGCAGAGGAUGAGUUGGAUCUGAAAAAGGGAGACAUGGUGGUCAUACUGAAAAAGGAAGCAGAAGAUGAAGGCUGGUGGGAGGGAGAGUUAAACGGACACUGUGGCUUCUUCCCGGAUAACUUUGUGAUGGUGAUUCCACCAAUGGACAGUCUGCAAUCUGGGACCACAAGCCAACCGCCUGCUCGCGACGUCAACAAGAAACUCUCAGUAAAGACAGAGGCCUCAGCGAUGGAGAAAGGUGGUCCAACAAAAACAAAAGAUGAUAAACCGGACGUUAAGGACCUGAGAAGCAACCCUCCAACCAAAGUCAAACUGCCGUCAUUCAACAAGCCCAGCCCGCCUCCAGUAAAAGACAAACCCAACAAGGAUUUAUCAAGCAGAACCAAUGGUGAUGUGGCCCCUGUAUCUCCAAAACAACCGGAGGAGAAAGAGACCGACCAGUUCGAUGGCGUGGAUCUGCAGACUGAAAAGCUGAGUCAUCCUACAGCAAACAGAGCCAAACCCCCACAGAGGAGACCACCAUCAGGCCUGGUCGCAGCAAGCACAGAAAAUCUUCUGCCAUCACCUGCAAAGCCUGACCCCCGACCCAAGACACCGCCUCCGACUCGACCAGCACCACCCAAAGUUGUUGUGGAUGGCAAAACUGUGACCCAUAAAGACGACUCAAGCUUCGAGAGCCUGCAGGCAGAAAUCAAAGAGCUGAGGAUGGCUCUGGAGCUGCUGCAGACACGACAGGGGCGAGACAUACAAGAAGUGAAAGAAGAACUUAAGGAGGAGAGAAACAAGCGAUUGGCACUGCAGGAGGAAAUAAAAGCUUUGAGGAUGAAGCAUUAAUCCCAACACAGACUGGGACUGGGCUGCCUGUCCGACACUGUGCCAUGCCGAUCUUUGUACUGCAAGGCUCAGUUAAGACGGACAUUUUUCUGACAUGGUUUGGACAUGGUGAAGACAAGCCCGCGCUCCAACUGCAGGCACACAAUCAGGGACUAUAUUCUGAAGUAAAGUUAAAAAAAAAAAGGAUCAAGCUAACCCUGCUCUGAACUGUAGAAGCCUGAUUCUUCAAAAGACGUUUUUAUAUAUUUGAAUGCUGUAAAUCUCAAAUAUUGGUCUUAAGUGGGUUACUCGUGGUUGCUAAUGACUGUUUUGUGUUUUUCUGUUUCAACUGUCACCUUUCGUACCUUUAUCAUCGAUCUUACUGUACUUUUUACAUUUUAAAACCGAAUGCAACAUGUAAUAUAUGCAAACUGCAUAAGAGGAUUUAUUGUGAUGUCUUUUGCAAAGACCUAAAAUAUAAUUUUAAGUCAUCAAUGCACUGUUAUCUGAAUGUUUAUAUAUGCAAAACUACCAAAAAAAAACAAAGCUGAUGUGCAGAUGUUUGCUACACCAGAAUGUAACACUGCAUUGAGCCACUGGGGGGGCACUGUUAGACAAUUCUCCACAGAGACAAGCGCUUAACUUUUUAGUGAAUGCUGGAUUGGUGGAAGGGGAUGUGGUACUAGAAGUGACCUCCCAACAAAAAACAAAAAACAAAACAAACAAAAAACCUAUUUCAUUCAGAGGGGCAUGUGUUAAGAUUUAUGCAAAUGAUAAUGUUAAUGGAUAGUGCUUUUAUGAAACAAAAAGCUGUUGAAAUGCUUCAGGAGUUAUGCAGAGGUUGUGGUUGCCUGCUUUUUUUUUUUUUUUUUAGCAUUUAAGUGUAAAAGGCAUCCCAUGUCACUCAGAGAAAAACUGACUCACUCUGAAAACUCUGAACAUUGUGACUCAUCGCGAUGGAUGUAGAGAGCGUGGGAAGGGAGUCAAUGACAAAUAUUUUGCACCCACAAGAGGGAGAGCUAUUUAACUUCAUCAAGGGGUAUAGAUUUGGUUUUGGCAGCGUUGGUAGUAAUAGUAGUAGUGGUUGUGUGUUCCUGUCCAAGCCUACUUGAGUUGCCCGCUGCAGAGCACAUCUGGAUGACAUCUGGAGCUCAUCAGUGAACGGGUGCUUCUGAAACUACCAUGGAAACAUACUAUUUUUAAAAUUCAGUUAAAUAAUAGUCUUCAAGGGAACACUCCACAUUGGGGGAAGGGACAAGAGGUGAAAUAAAUCAAACUAAACAAACAUGGGCAAAGUUGAUAUUGCAGGCAUUGGUGAUUUUUUCUAAAUACAUAAAAACCAAAUGCCCUGUCUGUAAAACCAAAGUAAAGAUUGAACUAUU